CCCGCCCGCUCCGGGGGCUCCGAGCCAGCCGGCUGUCCCCGCUCCUGCCUCCCUGGUCUUAUAAAAGGCGCUACCGAUGGCGACUACCAGUCCAGCUGCUGCCAGCUUCUCGCAACAUGCGCGGACCGCCCACCCUGGCGCUGCUCUGCCUCGCGCUGCUGCUCAGCCCGCCCGCCGAGGCGUGGUACAAGCAGACGGCCGGCCCCAGCUACUACUCAGUGGGCAGAGCGUCUGGGCUUCUCUCCGGCAUCCGCCGUUCGCCUUACAUGCGCCGCUCCGACGACAACAGCGUCGCUGACAGUAGUGCCGAGGGCGGCCCCGCAGCCUCCUCUCUCGCGCUGUCCGAGUCGCGGCAGAGCCCCGGCGGGCUGCGCAACAUGGCUGUGUGUGUGAAGGAGGUGGCUCCAGAGCUGCAAAGCUGCCAGCUACUGCCUGGUGUGCCGAGCAUCAUUCAGUGCAAGGCGGAUGUCACCGUCUCUUUGGACCCCACUGACUGUACUAGUCCAUGAUCCUUGAGCAGGUGGCCUUCCCUAUAACUUUUAUGGAGGCACCUGGAGGGGGGGGACAGGCAGGCAAGAGAUGGAUUUACUCUGUGUCAAAAGUGGUUGGAUUUGGGGUUGGGUAAGGAACGUUAUUUUAUUUUUUCUGCAUCUGUUAAUAAAUGUGCUUUAAAAGGC